AUGUCAUUUAUUGAAGAUUAUUACCGAGCUCAGACGAAAAUACCGCAACGUUUAAACCAUAAUGUAUUAUUUGGCUCUGUAGAUUUAUUGACACAACCUGAAUUUCUUGUAGAAAAUAAUAUUCGUUAUUUUAUUGGUGAAAAUAUCCCCACCCAAGAAUUAGCUACUAUUGCUAAUGGUCCUAAUAGUCCUUUCAAUACAGUGCCAGAUGCCUUGAUGCUAAAUUUUGAUAAGGAUUUUAAUCCUAGAAAUCAUGAUCAAAUUGACCAAACUACUUCUUUAUUUGUUCAACAUAAUACAUCAUCACUUCAAAAUAUCAUUUCAUCAGUGGUAGAGGGCAAUACCAGAAUAUCGCAAAAUGGUCCAAUGACACCAAAUCCGGAUAGAGUUAAAAUUUCUGAUUUAUUAUAUGGUGAUAUAUCACAUUAUUAUCCAUCAUCUACGUUCAAUGAUAUGUAUAAAGACAAAUUCAUAACUUUUAAUGAUCUAUUAACCAUCAUAAAACAAUUCGAUUACAAUGGUAAUGUUCUUAUUUUCGGUAGAAGUAAUACAGAUGAACAUCUAUAUGCUUUAUUAGUCUCUAGUGUAUUAAAAAGUAAUCCACAAUAUAAAGCUUAUGAUGCUUUACAAUUCGUUAAAUCUUUACGAAAUACUGAUGAAGUAAUGCAUGACGAACGUAUAUAUUGGUAUAGCGGUCUUGUCGACUAUUAUAAAAUAGUUCGUUCAAGAGAGAUUAAUUGGGGGUUGAAUUUUGCAAUGAAUAAACAAGCAUAUAAUGCAACUCCUUCCUCUAUGAAGAAAAGGUCAGGCCUACCAUCACCAACUACUUCCUUUGCAUCAAUUACACACGUAUCAGACAAUUCCGAAAUCAGAUCAAAAAGAUCCAGGGGUUAA